GUUCAUUUGUGCAAAAGCUGGGGGUCCCUCUUCUCGUUUGCAAAGCUACGAGUUUGCUUUUUAUUUAUUUAUAAUUUUUUUCCUCCUUCUUACCUUGUGUUUGCUUCCUGUUUACGGCUUGUACUUGGUCUGGCGCGCUCUGUUCGCAUUUUAAAGCGUAAUUAUGAGCCCCGGUUGAAAAUGCUUAAAAAGAAAACGCUCUCCUGAUGAUGUGGUUUUGUUUUUAUUUUGAAGGAUUUUUUUUAACUUUUAAAAGCCUCUGUUUGAACUAUAACUGGUGGUAGAGUGGGACAAUGUUUUUUAACUCGGGGUGACAAUGUUUGCUACUGUUAAUUAAACAUUAAUUAAUCUUGUGAUCCCAUGCAGGUGCUUAGAAAAAGUCUUCAAAGGGGGGUUGUGCUUUCAACAGGGUCCUUUUUGGUUUAUGAAGCUCACAAGCUGAUUUCUGGCUUUGCUGAGGUUCAUGCAAGCUUCAAAGUGGAAGAAGUUAUAGAGCAAGCAGACUACCUGUAUGGGAGUGGAGAAACUGAAAAGCUCUAUCGGUUGCUGGUUCAGCAUAAAAAUAGCGAUGAGGCGGAGUUGCUGUGGCGGCUGGCGCGGGCGUCGCGAGACCUGGCCCAGCUGAGCAGCACCGCGGCGGAGGAGAAGAGGAGGCUGGCCUACGAAGCCCUCGAGUGUGCAAAAAGGGCACUGGAAAAAAACGAAUCCAAUUUUGCAGCCCACAAGUGGUAUGGAAUUUGUCUCAGUGAUGUUGGAGAUUUUGAAGGGAUCAAGACUAAAAUUGGCAACGCCGUUGUUAUCAAAGAGCACUUUCAGAGAGCCGUUGAACUGAAUCCAAAGGAUGCCACAACAAUUCAUCUCAUAGGCAUUUGGUGUUACUCCUUUGCUGAAAUGCCAUGGUACCAAAGAAAAAUAGCUGCAACGCUAUUUGCCACACCACCAACCUCCACAUUUCAAGAGGCUCUUCAUUACUUCAACAUGGCAGAGGAAGCUGACCCAAAUUUCUACAGCAAAAACUUGCUCUUCCUGGGGAAGACAUACUUGAAGUUAAACAAUAAGAAGAUGGCUCUUCUGUGGUUAAGCAAAGCAAAGGAUUAUCCUGCCCAUACAGAAGAGGACAAACAGGUCCAGAAAGAAGCUUUGGAGCUGCUGAAUUCCAUAUGAGAAGAGGGAAGGUAAUGGGAAUUCAGUGCCUGGGGUCUGAGCAGCGCAGGAAAAAGACCCCAAAUGCUACUUUGGUUCCUUGAAGCUGUUAAUAAUAAGUAAAGCCUAAACCUGCUCCCUCCAGCUCGUUUUAAUUAAAGUGCCCAGGAGAAGAUCCAUGCCCUGGUGUGAUCUGGCUCUUGAUGUACGUGGGGAUAAAGGGCUCGGUGGCCAAGCAGGGAGUGGAGAGGAGGGAAGGGCUGGGACAGCGGGCACACAGGUGUUUUUAAUUAAGCUUUUUUACACUGUUCAGCUACAAAUUAUGUAUGAGGAAUAACAAGGAACAUGAGCAGCAUAACCUUAAAGAAAGGAGGUACGUAAUUAUGAACCUGCCAUUUUUUCUACAGUGUUUUCCUUCCGUGGGGUUCAACGGCCUUCAAGAGUAAUAGAUGUUCCCCUUAUUAAUGCCCCUAUCCAUUUCUCAUUAAGCAAUCUUCAUUCCAAUACAAUUAAAUGCUGGUGUUUGACUUUACAAAAAGUGCUGUGGUUUAAAAAAAAAAAAAAAGUGAAGUAGGGAACACAUGAAAAAAUUGUUUUAUGGGUGAUGUCAGCAUAUGGAGCGAGAAGCUCUCCAGGAACUAGGAAUCCUCCUUUGCCCAGGGAGAGGCUGUGGGGUCUGAGCACUCAGCACCUGGUGAUGUUUGUGGGACACACAGAUUCUUUCCCCCUUGUUUGUGGAGAUCAAGUAAAACUUUCUUCUUGCCCUUGUUACUAUUUUAGCAGAAACUUUCACCAGAAAAAAAAAAAUAAAUGAACCUAAGUGAGAUACCCAGCAUGAGACCUUCCCAACAACAGGUUCUGGUCACCCAACAGAAGAUGACAGCCAAAUAGGGAAGAAAUGGCAGGUGAUCAAAUAUGUGUGGUAUCACCAGCAGAAAGUCUUCAUGUUAAAUCCAGAACAAACUGACUACAAUGACCUGGUGUUUGCUUUAAUGGGGCAGGACACGGCCAGCUCUAGGAGGAAGCUGAACUGCUCAGACCAAGGAACCAAGCCUGGGGCAAGGCAGUGGUGAAAACCCACAGCUACAGCUUCAAUUCUGGCCUCAGGUCACUCAACUAGUUAAAAGACGGUUUUCUCCCCCGAGUUAAUUCUUAUUUUUCUAUUAGUGGAGCACCAAGGUGAAGUCUUAGAUACGUGAACCGUCCUGGGAUGGAUGAUACGUGGUGUUUUAGAGACAUUCGUCCCACUUUCUGCUACAAAACCCUCUGCCCUGAUGGGCAUGUUCCUGCCUCCAGCUCCCAUCCAUCCCCGAGUCCCGUCUCAUCCCGGGAGCUUGAGAUGGUUUUGUCUAUAUUGUAUCUACUUUGUUAUUUUCUUCCUUUUCAUUUUAAUAUUAAUACUUCAUUAAAGUAGUUCAGUUAAUUCUAAA